UAAGUCGUUCAGCUGUAGCACCCUUUCGGUGCCUAGCUGCCAUGCCACACGAAGGAGGCACGAGGGCUGGGAUACUGUCAGGUCGCCCAAGCCUAGACAGGGGAAGUCGAGUGGCAGAGGUCGGGUUCGAACCACGGACCUUCCGGUCAGUAAAUUCGCGCUCUAACCACUUGGGCCAUCUCGCCCCACCCUCCACCUCUAAACACGACAACGUUAGCUGUCAUCCAGCCCACAGUGGAAUAGAAGGUGGGCUGCACGGCCUCAUAAAUCUUCACAUAGAACAAGUCUACAAAGAGGGAGGCGUCGACUGUAGUCGGAUAUUGGUAGUAGAGAAGGGAGCGAAUUUACUGACCGGAAGGUCGGUAGGUCGAACCCGACCUCUGCCUCUCGACUUCCACUGUCUAGGCUUGGACAACCUGGCAGUAUCUCAGCCCUCGUGCUUCCUUCUGAUGGCAUGGCAGUUAGACCCCGGAAGGGUGCUAU